ACGGACAUGUCAAUGUGUCUACUGGCGACGGCGGCGACAGUCGCGCUUGUGUCGUGUGCGAUUCAUGCUGUGCAGGCGGGGGAGACUAAUAAAUUGGAUGUGCCCUACCGCAUCAUCGAAAGAGAUGAAGUAGUCUGGGCAUGGGGCAAGUUGGAAGGCAAGAAGGGCAGUGCUCGCCCGGACAAUUGGACAGCUAUCACCCAAGACCACAUUCUGUACGACAAUGCCAACCUCACAAAGCUGACGUUCUUGAACGUUGAAUUGCAAACUCUACUGCCAUCACACACCCUUCCACCACAACUCAAGGACGUAGUCAUUGUCAACUGCGCCUUGCCCGAGAUUCCUACCGAUAUGCUUUACAUGACACACCUGGAAAAGCUCGAUCUCAGCCGCAACAAUCUUGCCGAUCUCAACCUGACCGCACUUGUCACGUCGACAUCAUACCCCUACCUGCUGCACCUAACUGUCCAGGAAAACGCCCUGCGGUCGUUCGACAUCUCAGCUCCGUCGCUUGUGCAGCUAGACCUGACUGGCAACCAGCUCACGGAGCUCCCCCGAUGCAUCUACACCAUGAUCGACCUUCUCGAGCUCUACUUGGCCAACAACUCGAUUCCGUUGCCGCUGCAUGUCACCCCGUACGAGUUUGAGUUUCUGUCGGGGCUGGACUACUUUUACAUGGACUCGUUCGACUCGAUCGUGUGCAAUGGCGACGGGAGCCAGCUGCACAUGCUCAAAGGAAACAAGAUCUGCGUCACAGCACAUGCGUCCGGCGAGUCGGCGCCGGCAUCACCCCCCAGUGACGACACCAGCUGGAGUUACUCGACGCUUUCGUGGAUUCUCCUGGUCAGCGGCAUCAUCGAAGCAGUCGUCGGCGUUGCAGUGUUUAUGGCGUAUCGUAAGCAAAAGAGCCAUAAGUGGGCAGCGCUGCAGCACAGCUACACGACGACGGCGUCCAGCGGCGAGCGAGAGCGCCUCUUGUCGGUGGAGCACGUUAUCUACGCCAGCAUGGAGGCAUGGACGUCCAAGACGCCGCUGUCCGAGGCGCUCGAAGCGGAAGCGCUACGACUCGACUGCGACGCCCUGUCGCUAGAUGUUCGACUGGCCCAAGGCGGGUACGGCGAAGUGUGGAGAGGCCACUAUCACCACUCCCUCGUUGCCAUCAAGCUGUUGCUGCCAGAGAAGCGAGCACCGGCCGACAUCGAAGCAUUUAUGCGAGAAAUCGUGCUGCUGGCGAGCUUGAACCAUCGCCACAUCCUCCAGUUCCUCGGCGUUGCGUGGCCAAAGUCGAAGCGCGACCUGAUGCUCGUGACGGAAUAUGUCGCUGGGGGCGACUUGCGAGUCCUGCUGGAUGCCGACCCGUCCCGUCCAUGGAGUCAGCGAAAAGUGCAGAUUGCCAUUGACAUUGCCGUCGCGAUGGAAUAUCUGCAUGCACUGGACAUUGUGCAUCGCGACAUCAAGGCGAAGAACGUGCUGGUGGACGCUGAGCACGGAGCAAAGCUGUGCGAUUUUGGCGUCGCUGUUCACGUUUACACGUUGGUCGGAGACGGCCCCGACCAGCAGCCAGCGACGCAAGGAGGCUUUGGAACGUCGAGAUGGAUCGCCCCCGAAGUUCUCUCUGGCGAAAGGUUCACAAAGGCCGCCGACGUGUAUGCGUUUGGAAUUGUUUUGUCGGAGCUCGAUUCGCACCAGAUUCCGUAUGCCCAUGCACGCACGGCAUCUGGCAACGACCUGACAAAUGUUGCCAUUUUGUCCCAAGUUGUCAAGGGAACGAUGACCCCCGAGUUCCAAGACACAUGCCCAGACCAAGUGCUUCAUCUCGCAAGGUAUUGCCUGCACCCGAACCCAAAAGCGCGACCCACGGCCAGCGCUGUUGUCGGGCGGCUGCUCGAGGUGGUGUUGCCACCUUGCGAUGUCGACAGCAGCACAUCACAACUUUGAUUGUUUUAUGCCUUCUAUCUCGUGCAUCAUCCUGCAUGCCGUUGCACGAGGCGGAUCGUAGAGACGUCGUGGAGAUGCCGCCGACUAGAUGAACAUGGAUGCGUCCCCAGUGCGCUCGUUGCCUGCGGCAGCCCCCCAAAACGAAACCAUCUUGUUGAACUUGUACUAACAAAUAGUAUUUAGUACUACUAAAAGCACAA